GAGCUGAAGACAGGAGGAAAGGAGCGCGUGGUAGAGAGCUGAUCACCCUGGUGGACUGGAGAAAGGAGGUCAGCAAGUGUCCCGGGCUGCAGGUGCUUCGUGCCAAACGCUUUUAGAGUCUGUCCGAGUUUCAGGGGGUCUUCUCUUCGGUACGCAGAGCAAAGGAAUGAUCCCGUCCAGCUGUCUGCCUGCUGCUGCUGCUGCUGCUGCGGGAAGGACCAGACGAGGAUGAGGAUGAAGGUGCUCCCCCAGCUCCACGCGCUCCGCAGGAGUUCAGCGCCUGUCUAAGAUGCCACCGGGCCCCAGAGCUCGGCACGCGGUUCGGCUCGAAACUAACCCGGGAUAAUAUAAGACCCAUAAAAAGACCAGAAAACACAACAGAGAGCAGAAGUUCAGUAAUUACCCGACCGGGAGGAGCCGGGAGGGAGAGCCCGGGAUCAGAAAGCGGUGCGCCUGGGACCGGAGGCGCACCAAGAGCCGCACCGGGAGGAGAGGUCCGCGGUGAUGCUGCUGUCGCGGCACCCGCUCCUGUCUGCGCUCCUCCUCCUCCUCCUCCUCCUGCUGCUCCCCGAGGCGGCCCUGCGCCGAGGCCCCGGCACGCGAGCAGAGGCGCACGCGGACAGCCGCAGCAUGGUGGAGCUGAUCGGCCGGUACCCGAGGACGAGGACGGAGACGCCCGGGGGGUUUCAGCACGGGUCGCAGCAUGGACUGGAGGCUCAUCCCAAAGAUCCACACAAGCUGAAUUUCAUCAUGCACCUGACAGGUCCUCUAUACUUCAGCCCAAAGUGCAAAAAACAGUUCCACCGACUCUACCACAAAACCAGGGACUGCACAGACCCUGCCUACUAUAAAAGAUGUGCUCGUCUCCUGACUCAGCUGGCCAAGAGCCCGCGCUGUUCAGAGCGAUAAACAGACAAAUGACUCUGGACAUGAAUGUAAUGUUGGCAUACCAGGGUGCACCAACAAGGUUCAUCCCCUUCGAUGACCAGUAGCAGAAAAAGUUCUCCAGCCGAUAUGACCAAACCACUGAAAUCCACUGAGCCGGUGAGCUCAGCCGAAAUCUAUCUACAACUGGCCAUCAACAUCCACAGUUUUCUGUUUUAUUCUACUCAGCUGUUAAUUUCAGAUUUUUUUGGAUGCUUUUGAACAGAGCUUUGAAUUUUAUUCAACUUUGUAUGGUCUUUUCUCGGCAUUAGUCGAUUCAUUUUUGCCUUUUUUUUUUUUUUUUACCUCUACUCUGUUCUUUGGUCUACUCCUGCUGUACUGGACAACCUCUGACAAGCUUCUGGUUUCUCACAGAGCUGUUUGGAAACAGAAUUGAGAAAAAACUUUUACCUGGGACAAAACGUCUUCAGAUUUUUUGGACGAUGGGCCAAGGUUUUACCUUCCAUUCAAAGAUGCAGGAGGAAAUGAAAUGGACAAAACCUCUGAAUGGAUGCUGAAUGUGUUUUAUGAUACAUGAUAUAUAAUAAUUACUUAUAAUUAAAGUAAUAUUCCAUAUAUUUAUAUUGUUAAAGCUGCCACCCAGUGUGCAAUAUGUACAUACAGAAAGAGGAAUAAAGAUAAUCGUUUGAUAUAUAUUCAUGUCCGAAUUUGACUUCAUUUUUGCUUUUUUAUUUAUAAUUUUUAUGCUGCUACUGUAGAUUGCUACAGUUCAUGAAAUUGAUUUUAAAAAAAAAAUUUAAUGCUUAGAAUAAGAACAGAAUGCAAAGUUUUUUAAAAUGCUGCCUAUAUUUAAUUGAAAAUAGUACAAAGCCAUCAUAUCAAAUGUGAGCCUAUGUUUUGUUUUUUUAUUAAUAUUUCCUUAUAUACCUGACAGAUAUAAAGGCCUUGAAAUUGAUUGGUCAGUGGUCAGACAUUGUGAGACAUGCCCCUUUCAAAUUGGAUGGAGGUCUGGGACAGCACCUUUGGAGUGGCAGGUUGUGGCAGCGGUCACCAUUUUCAAAAAGGAGGGACUGGAGGGUGUAUGCCAGUUAUCAGGGUUCCAGGGUGCUGGGAAGGAGAUUUCGGGAGAUUGUUCAACCUUGGAUUCAAAGAGAGCAGUUUGGAAUCCAUCCUGGCCAUGGAUCCUUGCAUUUCCCGUUCAUCCUUGCAGGACUUACGGAAGAGCCAUGGGAGUUCGACUAGCCAGCCUACUUGGACUUGUAUAGUUGGAGAAGGCUUGUAAAUGGGUUUCAAGGGGACAGCUGUGGGGUAUACUGCAGGAGUAUAAAGUUCGCCAUCCACUGUUAAGGGCCAUUAGGUCCUUGUAUAAUGUACCCUGCUUAGUCUGUUGCUACCACAACCCACUUCAGACAAGUGGAAAAUGAUGGCUGGGUGGCACCUGAAUCAUACGUCUUUAGAUCAUUACAGAAAAGCAUAUUGUGUUGUCUUUCAGAAAUAAGCAAGAUCUUCCCUGUAAAGUCAUAGCCUGGAUUGCAGCACAUGUUGUCCCGAAGCCUAUGGAUGUUGUUCAGCUAAUGGGACAUUCACAAAUAUUCUAGUUCAGUCAAAAACACCCCCUAUGAGCAAGCAUUUGGUGACAGUGGGAAGGAAAAGCUCCCUUUUAACAGGAAGAAACCUCCAGCAGAUGUAGGCUCAGGGAGCGGCAGUCAUCUGAUACUGUUGACCAUAACAUUUUA